CAGAACUUCACACAUUUUCUUUCAUGUUUGAAAGGCUAAACAUUGUUUAGAGGUGUAUACCCCCAAAAUCGAAAAGUAAUACACACCAAAAUCAAUCGAUCCGUUGGAAAUGAAGCGCGACCGUGAAAACCCCGCCCCCGCCCUCGUCGCCGCCGAUGACGAUGCUCAGAAAGUAGACGGAGAUGAUUCUUGUCAUUGUGAAUUCGGAGAAGCGAGUGACAAAGGGGACGAUUCUGUGGGAGUUGAAGAUGAAGGAGAUGAUGAAGAUAUUAGUGAUUUGGAAAAUGAUGACCCUACUGAUAUUGAUAUAGAAAGAGUGCGACGAGGUAUUGCCAAUUUCAUAUGUUUCCAGGAUGUGCCACCGAAUCUUUUAAAAAAUGAUGAUUUCAAAAACUUGAUGACUGAGUACUUUCCUUCCUUGACCUUGGAUUCCGAGACGACCAAAAAUGAUUGCUUGAAGGUUUUUGAGGAAGCGAAAUCAAUAACUAAAUGUACUUUGAAUCAUAUGGGUCGAAUGAUUCCUCUUUCAGUUGACGUGUUAACGUACUUAAAUAGACAUGGUUCCCGUUAUGACUACAUAUCUUUGGCAGCACACUUCGUUGACGAUACUUGGAAGUUGAGGAAAUGGAUUCUUUAUUUUCGGAGGCUUGAUUUUUUUGAUGCAGCAAUCUUGAAAUCUAUAGACGACUGGAGCCUCGAGAAUAAAGUAUAUACUCUGACGUCAGGAAAUAUUAAUGCAUUUGCAAGGGAUGAAAUUAUUGAGUCCAUCAAAUCUCAGUUCAAAGAGAAGAACAGACUGCCAAUCGAUUCUCGUCUUUUUUCUGUGAGUUGCUGUGCUGAAAUGUUUUGUUUGAUGGCGCAAGAUGCAUUUGAAGAGAUAUGUAUCAUCAUCGGCAAACUCAAAGAGCUACAUUUGUCAAGGUCUGAAUCUAUGUGGCAUACGACAAAUUGGAAACUGAAAAUUAUGUUAGAUAUGGAAUCAAUGGGAGAAUUUAAUUCAGAUGUGCACAAGAAUUUUGUGCCAUCUGCAGAUGAAUGGGAGAAAGUUCGAAUUGUCUAUAAACUUGUGGAUAACACUUACAAUGUUGCAAAGCAGGUUUUUGAAACGAAGCAUCCAACAGCUAACAAAUUUUUGUACAAUCUUGAGGAGCUUCGUGCAAAAUUAAUUCUCGAAGCCACUAGUUCAGUCUCUUUUACUUGGUGCGUGGCUAAGAAAAUGCUUCAAAGGCUUGAUAAGUACAUAAAAGAAACGUUUCUGGUAUUGGCAAUUGCGUCAGUGAUGGAUCCUCGUUGCAAAAUGCAAUACAUGGAGUAUAUUUCCACGAAAUUUGGAGACAGAGAUGGCAUCUUGGAAAGUGGUGCUGUUUUGGAGGCUAUUAAAAGCAUCUAUGCAGAUUAUGCGAGCCAUGGCACGAAAGUGGAUAAUUCUGAAGGUACUUCAAAUCUUAAAACAGAAGAGGGAAAUCCAAGAAAUGAUAAAGAACAAUUUCCAAAUUUUCCGGGCGGGCAAGAAUACCAUGAAUAUGUUCAAGUCAAUAAUAAGCCUAAAAAGUCCGAUCUGGAUUCGUAUUUAGAAGAGCCUGUAGUACCUUGGAAUGAAAACUUCAACGUAUUGCGAUGGUGGAAAUCUGAAGCUCCCAAGUAUCCAAACGUCUCGAAAAUGGCCCGUGACUUCUUGGCUAUACCUAUAUCAGUGGCUACUUCACACGAUGCUUACUAUUAUUUGGAAAAUAGACCGCCUGAUCUUCGUGUUAUCACUUCAGGGGCGGAGAUGAUGAAUGCCUUGAUGUGCUGUAGGAGCUGGAACACUGGUCCUAAGAUUGAUUUUGAGUUAUGGUUUCUUGCUGCUGGUGUGAACAUAUUAUAACUUGUGAUGUCUAUGAUUUUGAAUUACCAUUGUCUGGUGGAACUGUUUGGAUCUUUUUGCUAGCUUGAUCCUAUUUUGAGUUGCCAUGAAUAAUCUAAGAAAGAUGUACCAAAUGUUUUUAUUUAUUGUUCUAUCUAAUCAGGUGUAAUAUUAGACACCUACUCAUCUUAUAAUA